AUGGAACGCAGAUUCCACCCGGUGUCCGGUGCAACGGUCGGAGCACCCAACCCUACAUUUAAACGUGCGCCAGCCGUUGUGUCCAACCUACGGGAUGAAAUAUCUGAUACAGGCAUCCCAUCAAGCCUGUCCAAUGGGACACCGGCUUCCAUGGGUUUUCAUGCGGUCGAAACAGCUACAAUCGAA